CUCACUCGCGUGAUAAAUGCGGUUUUUCUUUUAAAAAGGGUAAAACGAAGAAGUAAACUUGCUAAGCUUUCAACUUUCAUCUAGCUUCAUUAUUGAUCUCUCAGAGAAUUGAAGACUAGGGAACUUUAAGAUGUCGACUCUAGGAAAUUCAAUGAAUAUAUUUUGGCAAGAAUCACCAAUUGGGAAGCUUGAAAGGCAGAAGCUUCUUAACCAAAAGGGUUGUGUUGUAUGGAUCACGGGUCUCAGUGGAUCAGGUAAAAGUACACUUGCAUGUUCUCUAAGUAGGGAACUGUAUGAACGAGGCAAGCUAUCUUAUAUACUUGACGGGGACAACCUUCGGCACGGAUUAAACAAGGAUCUUGGUUUUAAGGCAGAAGAUCGAACAGAAAAUAUACGCAGGGUUGGCGAAGUGGCAAAGCUCUUUGCAGAUGCUGGUUUAAUCUGCAUUGCCAGCCUAAUAUCUCCGUAUAGGAAAGACCGUGAUGCGUGCCGUGCAAUGUUGCCAGAUUCUAAUUUUAUCGAGGUUUACAUGAACAUGCCUCUGGCAUUAUGUGAAGAGCGAGAUCCAAAAGGUCUUUACAAGCUUGCUCGUGCUGGAAAGAUCAAAGGUUUUACUGGCAUAGAUGAUCCUUACGACCCGCCAUUGAACUGUGAGAUAGAAAUAAAUCAGAAAGACGGAGUUUGCCCCAUGCCAAGUGCCAUGGCAGGGGAAGUAGUUACUUACUUGGAGGACAAAGGAUAUCUGCAAGAUUAGCGACUAAUUAUCCGUUGACAUAGUCAAGUGUUCUCGAAAGCUGUCGUAUUUAAAACAUUACUUGUCGGACGAAUUUGAUUGUUGCAACAUCGCUUCCCCAAAGGGAUGGCUGUUUGGUGUUAAUUACAUCAUCUAGUAGUAGUUUGAAAUGAAAAUCCAUUUGUCCCAAGUAAUUGUUACUUUUGAGUGGGACAGGGGUUUUUGAGUUAGCGUGCACAUCCAAGUCCUUAACAACAUUAUUGUAUGGAAGUUCCGGAUUCAGGUCAUCGGAUUUAUUAUUUGUACUCAGGAUAUCUAUUAAUGAACUCCACUCGUGC